AGUUGGUUUCCACGAGUCGCAUCAUCUGCGGCUGUUAAGACAAUAUGAUAGAUUGGGAGCUCAUCCGGUAUGCUACUAAUACGGAUAAUAAGCCUACUCCUGGUUAUGCCUUCAAUGAUCUCAUUACCAACAUCAGAGAGAAUCCCCAAGGGGUCCCUGAUGUGGCGGCCUACUUGGCUGAGUGUGUAGCUGGUGAUCACGCUCAUGUAAAACUGAAAGCAUUGUUAUGCAUGAAACACUUGGCGAAUAGAGUGCCUCCCUUCCGCAUACAAUUGCGAUCCUAUGCUGCUGUUAUAGAGCAAGCUACUCAAUUCACUGGGCCUCCUAGUCCUACAUAUGGUGACGAACCCUACCGUUUAGUUCGGGAUACUGCUACCGCUGUCUGGGACAUAACGUUCAAUCAGGGGGACGAUAUCGAUAAUGCCACACAGUCUUUACAGAAGAGGAUUCAAGGUUUCGGGUCAGCCCCCACUGGAAACACCAACGGCCCAUCAGCAGCCAGUACAGUUCUACAUGGUGCAGCCGACUAUGUUGGAGAUGCUAUUUAUGACGUCGUGCUGGACUAUCGAGAGAAGGGAGCUGUAGGCACCCUGCGGGAUGCAACCCUUGAUGCUGCUGAUCUAGUAGCAGACGGCUUGGAGACAGCAGCUGGAUGGAUGCGGGACAUGUUGGCUGGUAGUCCUCCUCCUCCACCACCUCCUCGUGCUCUUACUGGAGGUCCGGCUAACAUAACUCUGCCACCCAACAUGGCAAUUUGUGAUCAGCAGCCUAUAACCUCGACUGGUGGCUUUCUGGAGCAGUAUAGACAGCAAAAUGGCCGUCAAUUCGCGACGAUGCUGGAACGUAGUGGCGAAGAUACCGAAAGCGAAUCUCCCCCUUCCAGUGGUAGCGGUCCUAGAGCACUGGGCCCCGGCAUUGAUGUCAUGAUCGAUGGUCGAGGUCCUGCCAAUGUUAUUUCGAUGGAUCGUACUCUCAAUCCUCCCCUCAUCGUGGUACGGUUGACCAAGAGUGGAUCUAGAGUAGUUGUUGACGAGGAGAAGUGCCAUGUAAUGAAUGAUAUAGCUCCGGCAGAGAUAGGUAGUUCGAGUGCGGCCAACUCCGAGGAUCUACUCGAUGUGGGGGCUGAUGACAAGUCUAUCGAAGGUGUCGUUGGGAAUGGAUUCAAGGCAGUUCCCAUGGUGGAAAUGACUCCUGCUGGUAAACUCUUGGACAAGGCUCAUACUAUCAGCAGUGAAGGAAGAGAUGAUGCAGCAGGGGGCAGUGAAGUGAACACUCCUGCAGCUACUGCCGUGUCUGGUGGUAGUGAUGAUCUUCUUGGGCUACAGGAUGACCAUGAGGAAUUAUUCCACGAUCCUACGCUUAACGCAUCUCUGAAAAAAGCAGAGGCCAAUAUUUAACAUAUAAUUGAAUACCUCUUCCCGUAAUAUACUACCAUCAUCACAAUAG